CAUCCAAGUCCAUUGAUCGGUCCUACCACUAUACAUAGUUGUUGUUCAGGCAUCGAUAUUACGCUCAACCUCUACCGUGACCUUGGUAGGGACGUCGUCAGCCAAGCCCAUCACGGCCGCUAUCAUCUAAAACGCGCAACGCCACCCCAUUGGACUUGCAGCCCGCUCUUCUCUCCGCACAACCACCACGGCGAUCGAGAUCUCUCUCCUGACGGAAAAGGAGAUAAGGAAAAAAAACGGUGCUUUACCGAGCAACCGGGUAAUCUGGCGGGUCAUCGCUGACCAGGGUCUGCAAGGGAGCGAUCCAUCUCUGCUGCCCGUCUUCCACGAAUGCUGCCCACAUACUCCACGUCCAAGGGGAAGAUGCAUCGCCAUGGCUUUUCCAACGGAGCAUAUCCAUCCCAAGGGGGAGGCACGUUUUCCAUACAGCCCCACAAAUUCCAGCCGCGAUCACAGCCCUCCCUCCGACGGCGAAGGACACUGAUACAGCGCCUCCUGCUUAUGGGCUCCGUCUUCUUCACAACGCUCUUCUUCUUUUUCCCCAACCUGCGGCCGAAUCUGGGUUCCGGGCCCCUUAGCCUGCUUACCUCGAGCGACGACGUGCAACUCGAAACGGUGCGAUAUUACGAUUUGAACAAUGUGCAGGGCACCGCCAGAGGCUGGGAGAGGGAAGAGCGGAUACUGUUGUGCGCGCCGUUGCGAGACGCGGCGCCACAUUUGCCCAUGUUCUUUAGCCACCUCAGGAACCUCACAUACCCGCACAAUCUCAUUGACUUGGCCUUCCUGGUUGGAGAUUCCAAGGACAAUACCAUUACGCUUUUGACGGAGAAGCUGGAAGAGCUACAGGCUAACCCAGACCCAAAGCAACAAUUCGGCGAAAUCUCAAUCAUGGAAAAGGACUUUGGACAAAAGGUCAACCAGGAUGUUGAGAGUCGACACGGUUUCGCCGCACAGGCCAGUCGCCGCAAGUCGAUGGCGCAAGCACGCAACUGGCUCUUGAGCGCUGCUCUACGUCCUACGCAUAGCUGGGUAUACUGGAGAGAUGUCGAUGUCGAGACUGCUCCAUUCACGAUUCUCGAGGACCUUAUGCGCCACAACAAGGACGUCAUUGUGCCCAAUGUUUGGCGACCGCUUCCGGACUGGCUUGGUGGAGAACAGCCAUACGAUCUGAACUCGUGGCAGGAAUCCGAGACUGCGCUUGCUCUUGCAGACACCCUUGAUGAGGACGCAGUCAUUGUGGAAGGUUACGCAGAGUACGCAACAUGGCGCCCGCACUUGGCCUACCUUCGCGACCCAUACGGUGACCCGGACAUGGAAAUGGAAAUCGACGGUGUUGGUGGUGUCAGUAUCCUCGCAAAAGCAAAGGUCUUCCGCUCCGGCUGCCACUUCCCUGCGUUCAGUUUCGAGAAGCAUGCUGAGACAGAAGGAUUCGGCAAGAUGGCCAAGCGCAUGAAGUUUUCGGUCGUCGGCCUGCCCCACUACACCAUCUGGCAUCUUUACGAGCCUAGCGUUGACGACAUUCGACACAUGGAGGAAAUGGAACGAGAGCGCAAGGCAAAGGAGGCUGAAGAAGAGGCCAAGAAGGCUAAAGAAGCCAAGAUUAAGGAAACUUUCGAUGAGAAGAAGGGCGACUGGGAGAAGGAGAAGUCGGCAGUCCAGGAGCUGAUUAAGCAGGCCAAGAAUGAGGAGAAAGAUGAAGCCGACAAGAAGAAGAAGCAAGAGGAAGGGGGGAAAGAACAAAAGGACACCGAGAAAAAAGAUAAGCCUGCGGAGAAAAAGGAGGACAAAUCGUAGCUCCUACAGCACGUUGACAAUGCGAGGGGUUACAUGCCUCGGAUUUUUUUUUCUAUUCAUGCGGCUUCGCGCAUGCAGCGGAAACGCGCAGGCACAGCAACGACAAUAACGACUUGGUUGGAUCUUGGAGGGCGCCCAUCCGAAACCUCGGUUUCUUUCGACUUGCUGCAUGUCUUCGGUGCCUAGCACGUAGCAUCUUGUUUUCGCCGAGUCAGUGGCCGUUUGUGGCACUCAGAGCGCAUUGCUUCUUCUUUUGGUGGGCGUUGAACAAGUAUUUGGAGGAUUGCAUAUACAGACUAGACAGCAGCUGUUGCAUGAGGGGCUUUGUAAGCUUAGGAGUAGAUUUGCGCACCAUGUUUGCGUGUAACAACAUUUGCC